ACUCCCACAGCGACGGGACCUCCGAGCGCCCACGGAUUUUCGGAGUGGAGUAGUGCGGACUCCCCAUUGAGGUCAAGAAGUGUUCUCACUGCGGACGUCCUGUAUACGUUCUUCUCGUGAGGCGGAAAAAAGUGGUCCUAGCAGGGAACGGGGAUUGCCAGCUUCGGACCCGUCGCCAUGACUACGACAGCAACCGCGCCUCUUGCGUAACAGAGGAGGACGACCAAAAACCCAGUUGCGAGCGACAUCCACGCCACUAAUGUCUCCGGAUGGAAGCAACGCGUCGGCGGGCCUGUCGCAGAUCUCCGACGAAGACGACCUCCCCGAGGACUACGACUACGAGGAGUCGGCUUGGCGCUUCGACCUCGCCGACCUCAUUCCGACGGCCGUCGUGUACGGGGCGACGCUGCUGUUGGGACUAGUGGGCAACCUGCUCAUAGUGUACACGGUGGCGCGGUUCCCGCGCAUGCGCUCCAUAUCGAACCUCUUUCUCGCGUCGCUCGCGUCGGCGGACCUGCUGAUCGUGCUGCUGUGCGUGCCCGUCAAGUUCGGCCAGCUGUUCUCGUACACGUGGACACUGGGCGAGCUGGGAUGCAAGCUGCUGCUCUACGUCCAGCACGUCUCCAUGAUCUGCUCUGUGCUCAAUCUCACCUUCCUCAGCAUCGAGAGAUACUACGCGGUGAUACACCCCGUUCGCUCCCGCUACCUGUGCACCUUCAGUCAAGCCAGGAGAGUGAUCAUCUUCAUCUGGUUGGCGGCCUUCCUCACGGCACUGCCCAUCAUCUUCGUGCAGGUUCACGUAGAGAUGGGCCUGCGUCGGCGAGCCUACUGGUGCAUGCGUGACGAGGCCAGCCCCGGAGCCUGGCGCUCAUUCGAGAUCUACAUGCUCAUCCUGGUGCUCUGCAUACCAACCCUGGUGAUGGGAUACGCGUACGCCAAGAUCUGCGCACAACUAUGGAUGGUGGUGCGCGAGAGAGCACAUCUUACGUCUGGCUCUGCUUGCACGGAGAUGCUCGAGAAGGUACCAGGCAAGCAGGGCUUUAGCGUCAACGGCGACAAGAGGCUUCUGGGCAAGCCGUCAAGAGCUGACGAAGACACCGUCAAACAGGUGAUCAAGAUGCUGAUCCUGGUAGUGUCCCUGUUCGUGCUCUGCUGGGCCCCCAUCUUGAUUCUCAACGUGCUGACGGCGUUCGGCAGCGUCUCGGCGCUCAACUACUCCUACCUGAAGCCGCUGCGCACCUGCUUCCACCUGCUGUCCUACCUCAACAGCUGUGUCAACCCUCUCGUGUACGGCUUCAUGUCGCGUUCCUUCAGGGUCUCCUUCCGGGACGCCCUGAUGAGCUGCCUGCGACAGGGCGGCGCUCCGCAGCGCGGAACGACGUUGCGCCUGAGUCGCACGCGGACCACUAGCCUCAGCAUGGGGCGCUCCGCCACGUACGUCACGUGACGCCAGCCUCCGCAGCCGGGCAUCCGGUGCAUCCGCUGGACCAGCAACUGCGGAGCCGCGCCCGGUACCAUCACGCUGUCCGCUACGAAUGGAUAACGAGCGAUGGUGGAGACCAAUGAAGUCCCAUGGACAGCUCCAUGUAGAACCGGAAGUGAGUCAGAGAAGUGGAAGGAUUCUGACCGCUGCAGCGCGUAAAACAAACGCGAAAAGCACCGUAAGUUCCUGAGCAGCGCCAGAUGACGUAACCCAUCCCAUGACCAUGACGUAGCACGCAAAUCGGAGACACAGGCGUUCUUCCAGGUAUGAGGGAAGGAUAUACCAUCCUGUCUCUGAUACUAAAGCUAGUCAUGAACCAUUACAAGAAUGGCGAUGCUCCGAAAGCAGGUGUUACUGCCACAAGUGACACAAUUCAAAAAGCCGUCGCAAACAAUAAACGGAUCUCAGUGGCUCUUUGUGCAAAGAAAGCUGGCAUUAUGAAGCUUUUGAACAUGAAGAUGUACGAUUAAGGAUCACUUGGGAAAGCACGCUCCCGAUCGUGCACGCACCCGAUCUUGUCUAUGGCACCGAUUCUUUCGCCAGCUCACAUCUCAUGCGGAAAAAACAGUAUCCGACGGUUGCCUAGUUCACGUGUGUGGCAGACUCUGGUUUGCUCUUCAGUCUGCGUGUUGCAGUUAACUGAAAUACCUGCGCCCCUUAAAAGAACCUUUACAACAAAACGCCACAGUGACAUCGGUGCACCCGCUUUUCUCCUAACUGUCGGGACAACCCUAAGUGACCGUUGUACCCUGUGUGUGCAGAUUGGCCGCACGUGACCACCCGACAGACCUGAAUCUUGGGAAGAUGGAGAUCGACAAGUGAAAUAGUCAAGAAUUGAUCGUCUACAGGAGAUGAUGGAGCAUUCGUCAAAAUGUGAUAGAUACUGUGUGUAAUGACUUCACACACCUUCGUGUACUGCAAUCGCGCCUAAAUGGCGUGCAUAAGUCGAGACGUGCAGGGCUGUUUCGUUUUAUUGGGGGCUAUAUUCCUUCGUUCAAAGAACCCUGUUCGUUUCUGCCUCUUGACUGUCUACAAGAUGUACUCGUGGCCUCGUGAAUCUCACGUUGCCGUGUUCUACUGAUUGGACGUUGCCUAGAGAGAAGGCAAUCUACGUUACCAAGGCUCUUGACAGAAUGACCCUAAUGAGAGUAGGAUGUAACAAGCACCCAAUGGGGCAGUAGAGACUUCUUAUUUUUCUGAAGCUACCACAGUGAUUAUAAAAAGCGCGAUUCAGUCACUCUUGUAUAUGUUGUGCUCAAACAGACCUGAUGCGUGUUAUUCAGGGAGUUGCUCAACAAAUUGGUGUAAACUAACAGACCUGUGUGUAUGUAUGUAUAGAAGCUCUAAGGCGAUAAUAUGUCCUCCUCCCCCUCUUCCCUACACCCAUUAACUGAAUGCGUCCAUUUUUAACAGUCAAACACCCUUCCGAUUGUAAAAAACGGGGUUGAGCUUUCACUAUGUCUAGCACCUCACGCUUAAGUUACCCGAUCCCAUGGUUUACCAUAGCAUCGAUGCUGCGUUGACAAGCUCUGUUUUGUUUCUGCGAAUAUUUGUGUCCAGCUGCCGAUGUACGAAAAAUCCAUAAAAUACACUUUACCCGCAGUGAAGCCCUCCUGUGAGAUAGUUUGGUGGCACCGCGUGGUCGGGAAUAAUGUACAGCAUUCAACCGAGACGGUUGUACUUAGAGCCAGUUGUCGUGUACAAUAAGUUUUAUUAGCCGUAAGGCGAAGCCGUGGGACAAAUCAGCACCAUUCAUGGGUGUUAGCCAGAGACAGUGGUACAAGCUGUGUUCGAGAAUCAAGGUGAAAUUCGUGACACCGGCAGGGUGCAGGUACGUCCUAACUGUAUUGUGUCGACUUACGUUGGUUGUGGGUCUCAAGCCACACGAUUCGCUGUGUACUUCCCCCUAGUUGAGCGUCCACAGACAAACGCGGCUUUUACUCCGUCCUAUUUUCAUCCGGUGUUUCGGUAUCGUCAAACGCACAAACUUUAAAUGACGGUCAACGUUCAGUGAACACACAGUCAGAGUCGAAAGUUUUGAGACCACGCGACAUAAGAAAAAAAGCUGAAUACUCCCACUACUUCACCAGGUAGCCUUCAAUUUAGAUUUCCGGCCUGUUUUAAAACGCGCUAACAAUACGUAUUGUGCAAUUGGUCGAAAUACAAUAAAAAAUUGUUGAAAAAUUCAAAGUUUUCUCAGACCUAGUGGCCCCUAAACGUUUGACGGCGACUGUACAUUGUUUCAAUGCUUUCAAAGGCAUCCACGGGAAGCUUUCAUACGUUUUCACUCUCCCUUGUGGCAAGUGUGCUUUAGCUGGUGUGAUAAAUCAUUUUCGAAUGCGAUGCAAGGGGUGCAAGGAUGACAUCUAAGGCAACGUAGUGAGCACAGAACGUGGCACGUACAUUUGUGAAACUUAUAAUCCUCGCUAUCUUGCCGGAUUUCGUUGUUGCAGAAAGCGUAACUCGGAAAUUCAAGCCACGUUGUCAUUGAGAACAGCCGAUUUACCACGAAUUCAAGGUAUAACCACAUUAUAGGUAUCCGCCAAGAAUGAUACAGCAUUGCUGGAAAGGAAGCUAGUGUCUUCAAACUUUCUCACUACAACGCGAAAUAUAAUUAAUUGCAGGAAAGACAAAUAAUGCCAGUGCAGGAAAGGCCUGUCAAUGGAAAGUUGAAGUUUGAUGCACUUUCGUGCAAAAGCGUAAGCAAGGUUAAUAGAGAGCAAUCCAUAACUCGGAAUUCUGUAGCAGGCCCGUAGCCAGUAAUCUUUUUCGGGGGA